AUGGGUAAGGAAGACAAGGCUCACAUCAACGUCGUCGUUAUCGGCCACGUCGAUUCCGGCAAGUCCACCACUACCGGUCACUUGAUCUACAAGUGCGGUGGUAUCGACAAGCGUACCAUCGAGAAGUUCGAGAAGGAAGCCGCUGAGCUCGGCAAGGGUUCCUUCAAGUAUGCCUGGGUUCUUGACAAGCUCAAGGCCGAGCGUGAGCGUGGUAUCACCAUCGAUAUCGCCCUCUGGAAGUUCGAGACUCCCAAGUACUACGUCACCGUCAUCGAUGCCCCCGGCCAUCGUGAUUUCAUCAAGAACAUGAUCACUGGUACCUCCCAGGCUGAUUGCGCUAUUCUCAUCAUUGCCGCUGGUACUGGUGAGUUCGAGGCUGGUAUCUCCAAGGAUGGCCAGACUCGUGAGCACGCUCUUCUCGCCUACACCCUCGGUGUCAAGCAGCUCAUCGUUGCCAUCAACAAGAUGGACACCACCCAGUGGUCCCAGGCUCGUUUCGAGGAGAUCAUCAAGGAGACCAAGAACUUCAUCAAGAAGGUCGGCUACAACCCCGCCACCGUCGCUUUCGUCCCCAUCUCCGGCUUCAACGGCGACAACAUGCUUGAGGCCUCCACCAACUGCCCCUGGUACAAGGGUUGGGAGAAGGAGACCAAGGCCGGCAAGUCCACUGGCAAGACCCUCCUCGAGGCCAUCGACGCCAUUGAGCAGCCCAAGCGCCCGACCGACAAGCCCCUCCGUCUUCCCCUCCAGGAUGUCUACAAGAUCGGCGGUAUCGGCACAGUGCCCGUCGGCCGUAUCGAGACUGGUGUCCUCAAGCCCGGUAUGGUCGUUACCUUCGCUCCUUCCAACGUCACCACUGAAGUCAAGUCCGUCGAGAUGCACCACGAGCAGCUUGCUCAGGGUGUUCCCGGUGACAACGUCGGCUUCAACGUGAAGAACGUUUCCGUCAAGGAUAUCCGUCGUGGUAACGUUGCCGGUGACUCCAAGAACGACCCCCCUGUCGGCGCUGCCUCUUUCACCGCCCAGGUCAUCGUCCUUAACCACCCCGGUCAGGUCGGUGCCGGCUACGCUCCCGUCCUCGAUUGCCACACUGCCCACAUUGCCUGCAAGUUCGCCGAGCUCCUCGAGAAGAUCGAUCGCCGUACUGGUAAGGCUGUUGAGACUUCUCCCAAGUUCAUCAAGUCUGGUGAUGCUGCCAUCGUCAAGAUGAUUCCCUCCAAGCCCAUGUGCGUCGAGGCUUUCACCGACUACCCUCCCCUCGGUCGUUUCGCCGUCCGUGACAUGCGUCAGACCGUCGCUGUCGGUGUCAUCAAGGCCGUCGACAAGACCCAGGCUGUCGCUGGCAAGGUCACCAAGUCUGCUGCCAAGGCUGCCAAGAAGUAA